CAAAAGCCCAUCAUUUGAAGGAAAUAGGCCCAUUUAACUCGGAUCGCAACAUAUAUAAAGCAGAGGCUCAGAGAUGAACUGAAAUGAAAAUGGAGAAAAAGGGGACAAGGACAAGUGUAGAGCGGGAAAUAUCAGCUGAAACGUAGAAACGCACAGCGUCGCCGCCGCAGGCUAACUGAGUAUUAGUUAUCGAUUUCUGCUGUUUUCUUCUCUGCUGCUCACAAUUUCGGUUUCUUCUCGAAGGCGAGCGGUGUUCAAGCUUUUAGGCUCAGCCGCCUAGGGCACAGGUAGCAUUAGCUUGAGGAAGAUGGAAUUUAACUUCGAGAAUGGAGACUUCGUGUAAAUCUCGCGGUUUUUGGAUUUCUCAAAAACUGACGUGUAAGAACCACCGUCGUUGAAAUUUCGAGUGAGCUCGUCAGUUUAAUUCUGUGGGGAUGAACGAAUUGUUGAAUAACAAGACAUUCGCGGUGCACGCCGCGGCCGCCGCGGCGUCCGUGGCCCUAGGCACUGCCGUGACAUACCCGCUGGACACUCUCAAAGCCUUGAUGCAGGUUGGCUCCACUGGUAAGAGACCGUUGACUGCGGCUGAUGUUCUUUACAGAGUGCGAGUUUUAUCAGGAUAUUCAGGUUUGUAUAAUGGCGUUGGGUGGCUGAUUAUGGGAAGAACAUUGGGUCUUGGUGUUCGCUUUGGCGUUUAUGAGAUAUUGACCGCAUUCUACGAGGAUGGUCGUGAGGAUGAUCAUUUACUUCUCUCUGAGGCUAUGCUGGCAGGAUUUGCUUCUGGAACUGUUGAAUCACUUGUAAGCUCUCCAUUUGAAAUGAUUAAAGUUCGUGCUCAGGUUGCUUCUGCUUCUCGCAUUACAACCCCGCCUUCCAUUGUUGAAAAGAGUGUUGUUCCUCCUUUAGUUUCGAGAUUACUUCCCAGAUGUUCCCUGGAUAUGACUGCAAUGAGCAAAUCCAUUUCCCUUUUGUCCACCUUGACCACUAGAAAUGGAAAUAUAUUGGAUUCUUUGAAAGAGUACCCAUGGAUGAUGACAGGAUCCGGGAAACCACCUCCUGUUAGCAAUGUCCGAACAUUAUUAGAAAUCGUUUCUUUGGAAGGUUGGACAGCUCUGUGGAGAGGUUAUAGAUCUGGUAUAGUGAGAGAUUCCAUUUUUGGUGGCUUAUUUUUUGGAAGCUGGCAAUUUCUACACGAAGUCAUGCUCAACUGGAAAGCUGUGAAUAUGGAUCCUAUUCCAAGGUAUGACAGUGAAGUUGGCCCAUUGUCUCCAGUGGCUGUUAGCCUCUCGGCUGGAGUUUCUGGUGCCUUUGCUGCAGCUGUUUCACAUGGUUUUGACACAACGAGAAACCGAUCACAAUGCACUGUUUUGCCUAAGUAUUUAUUAUUGGAGAGGAAAUUUUUGAUGUGGCCUAAAAGAGGAAAUAGAUUUGAGAGGCUCACAGGGAUCCACCCGGCUGACAGAAAUUUACUGCUGAAUGGCAUAGGGUUGCGGAUGGCCCGUUGUGGACUCGCAUCAUCUAUCAUCGUCGGAAGCUACUUUUUUGCUAUCAAUCACUUGGUGCCUAGUUAAAGAGUCCUUUAUUUACAAGAUCCAUAUUAAAACCUUAUGGUCCUGUGAGGAUUUUGACUGGGCUAACAUACAAGGGAAGAAAUUCCUUGAAUGCUUCUUAUUGCAACCAGCUACUGAUUCUCUUUGCUUGAGUAUAUAUUGUUGUUCUGGUAACAAGUAUACAUGCAAGGUUUACACUUUGGAAUAACACGGCUGCUACAGAGUUUACCUCC